AUGUAUACAGUGAGGCGCCAGGCGGAAGAGAAGUGCCGGGCCUUAGCUCCAGGUAAAGUUCCCUGGUCACCAAAAAUGCAGGGAUUCUGGGAUCGUAUGAGCCUGUGGAAGCUUCUGUUGAAAGGCAAGAAGGGUUGCCGUGUGAGUUCGCGCAAAGUUUGCCGGUUGAUGAAGAAGACAGAGCUGCCACAAGCUUGGAGGAAGUCAGCGGUUGAUCUGGAGGACUGCCUGAAGCAAGAGCGCUCCUUGUACAAGCAGGCCAAACACACCUACGCAGCUCAAUGGAGGAAAGACUUCUUGACAGUCCAAACCAAGGACGCAAAGAAGCAUCAGUGGAAGUCUCGGAAGGCCUGUGAUAGAUUCUUUUGGUUUCGACAAAUGAAGCAAAGAGAGGAGGCGAGACGCCGUUGUCGCGCCCAGAGCAAAGGAUCUACAGGGGGCCUUCAGGCUAUUUCAAAUUGA